ACCGUGUGCGCGCUUCCUGCUCCAGAGUUGUAGUUGUGAGAGCAGAGCUGACGUUAGCUUGGAGUUUUCUGCCUCGGGAGGCUAAAUUAGCAGGUUAACUGAGUCCCAACAGCUGCACAAAUCCUCCCUAUUUACCAACACAUCACCUGAGAGAGGUCCAUCUUCUGAGAGAUCAUGGCAGAUUUCUCGCUGUCCGACGCAUUAGGAGACGACACUCCGAGCAAAGCCAAGAACAUCGGACACAACAACCCGUCGGCUCCGGCCGGGAACCAUCAGCCUCCUGCUAACCCGGGGUGGCCCGGUUCAGCCCCCGGAGCCCCCACCCAGCCCUCUGCUCCAGGGGGUUAUCCCGCUGGAUCCUCCGGGCCAGGGGCCCCGGGGCAGUUCCCAUAUCAGUCUGGCCCCGGAGCACCAGGGCAAUACCCCGGACCUCCUUCUGCACCUGGAGGCUUCCACCCCGGGCCCGGGAUCCCUGGACAGUACCCCCCUGCACCUGGAGCUCCCGGACAGUUCCCUUCCAGCCCUGGAGCCCCGGGACAGUUUCCCGGGCAGUACCCCCCCCAGUACCCCGGGCACUACCCCCCCGAGGGAGCUCCAGGACAGCUGCCUGGAGGCCCUGCCCCUUACCCAGCUGGACCCUUUCCCUCUGGCCCCGGAGCCCCCCCUGCAUAUCAAAAUCUGCCUUACCCUGGAGGUCAGCCCGGAGGAAACGGGAUGUACGGGCCCGGGGGUCCGGGUGCUUUCCCCCCUGCAGCCGGCCCUGGAGCGUUCCCAGGAUUCCCUGCUGGAGGCUUCCCCCCCAUGCCCACCGGUUCCUGGGGACCACCCUCAGCCGGAGGAUACCCUGCUGCCCCCGGCCCCUUCGGCCCUGGCCCCGGGCCCAUGGGUCCAUACGGGGGUCCGGCCGCUCCAGGAGGCAUGAUGCUGCCGUAUGAUCUCCCUCUUCACUCGGGAAUAUUACCCCGACUGGUCAUCACGAUAGAUGCAGAGCCUGUUCCUGGCGCAAACAGGUUCCAGGUUGACUUCUUCAAAGGUUCAGACGUCGUCUUUCACUUCAAUCCUCGAUUCCCCGAGCAAACCAUCGUCAGAAACUCAAACCUGGGAGGGUGCUGGGGCCCAGAGGAGCGGGACGGGCACUUCCCCUUCGCACAGGGCCGCCGCUUCGAGCUGAAGAUCCUGGUGGAGGAGGACUACUUUAAGGUGGCGGUGGAUGGCUCCCACCUGCUGGAGUACGAGCACAGGGUGGGGGGCAUGGAGGAGGUGACCCUGCUGAGAGUGACAGGGGACGUGGUGCUCCACAGCGUGGCCCCCAACAUGAUCUGACCCCCGAGCUGCUGACACACUCGCUGCUCCGGAGACCUGCACACACUCGGCCUCUAACGGAGGGUUGAUACGAGCAGUGCUCCCCUCUCGGUCGUUAGGCAGAUCAGGUCUGCACAUGUUAUCCUCUUUGUUUUGCUGGAUGAUAUGUUUUUGUUUUUCUGCAACUCACAAUCCCAUAUAUUUUAUGACUUAACAAAGUAGUGAAUAUAAAACAGGCUUUCUAAACGGACAGUUCACCACAACAUCGUUCCCUCUCACCUGUUGUGCUAUUUAUCAAUCAGUUUAGUUUAGUGCGAGUUUCUGAGUGGUGGAGAUAUCGCCCUACUCUCGAAUAUAAACUAUCACAUGGGACCUUAUUUCUGGGGGGAAAUAUACAAUAUUUAAAUCCAUGUCUCUUAAAGGGGCUCUAUUAUGCCUUUUUGGUGUUAUGGUUGUUGUGCAUGUUAGAUAAAAGUAAAGUUUAGUGGUCCUCAAAGAUACAUUUUAAAAGUCAACAGCUGCCUCCUUCCUAAAACGUUAACAAAUAAAACCCACAGAUUAUGUGAGCAGUUUGAUGUGGGGACUAUUUUCUUUCCAACGUAUCACUACGCAGAAAGAAGCAUCUGCUCCCUCUAUUGGCGGGUGUAGUUCGGUCGAAAGAAAGUAGUUCCUCCUAUGACUGCCAUCUUCAAUUCUCUGCAACUCACACUUAAACUGUCUAGGGUUUGAUGAUCAGCGCUCAAGUUAGUCGAGAAAUGUUUCAAAUGUUGCCGUGAACUUUCCCUUACUAACGUAUAGCUAAUAAGGACAGUGCAGGAUAGCUGGAUAUCACAAUAGUGUGCUGUAUUUUGUUUACAGCACGUGUAUGUUUAUUAUUCUGUCCUUUAUAAAAAGAUCUGGAUCAGCCUUUUAGUGCAUGAGUGAACCUGAAACCUUCCCCCUCCUUACAUCCAGCAGGUGAAUAAUGAAGUGUAUCAAGAUAUAUUUAUACUCUGCUUUCCUCAGUAUUAAUCCUCCCAAGGGUAAAGUUUUACGAGUCAUUGAUUUCAUGUUGAAGUCAAACUUAAAAAGUGAGCCUCGAAUGAAUGUUGCCAAAGAUAAAGGUGGAACAAUUAUUUUGAGAUAAUGUAUACUAUCAAAUAAGAACGGACUGACGCUGUGUGAUUCAGAGUAUUGUUCCCAUGCGCUGCUUGCCUGUGCACUUAAUAAAUAAGAGUUUCCCUGUUUGAAUGUUUCUAUAAGGGUUUGAUUCUGUGCAUUAAACGAUUCUCAUUGAUAUUU